AUGAGCCACAGCGAUCGAGCCGGCAGUGCUGGCGGUCGCUGCAUGGGCGGCUCGCGUCUCGCGGAGACACCGUGGGCAGAUAGCCAGCUCUACCGCGUGCUGCAGCAGGGGCCCGUGCCUGACAAGCUGCCGCACGACGGCAGGGCGAGUCUCGCGGCGACGUGCUGGGGCGCGCUCGAGAUGGUGCUGCGGGACACUCGGGCGGUGCUCAAGGUGCAUCCAGAUGACGCGGUGUUGGCUGGUCUGGCACAGCGAAUGAAGGACGGACCGUGCACAGGCGAGGUGACGGUGUGCGGGGUGCGCGUGCGGGCGACGGACGCGAGGGCGCUUCUGCGUGCGGCGGUACAACUCGGCUGCCGCCUGCCUGUGGGUGUCGCCGACCCCUUCUUUGGGUUCAGAACGUCUUUGACGGAUAACAACGUCGAGUACGACAACGGUGCGAAGAGCGUGGACGAGACGUUCGCAUGGGUCGAGCUGGUGACGGCGCUGACGGCGCAGCCCAGCGGGGCACGCGUGACUGGGCUCAUCAUGCCCACGAUGUGCGACCGGCCAACGGUGACGGCCGAGGCGGAGGCGGUGGCGGAGGUAUUGUGCAUUCCAGCGGUGCGGGACAGCGUGCAAAGACUGCAGGUGUUCGUUGAGCCGGAUUUGUACUUGCCGGACGAGGCACACUGGGCGUUGUUCGAAGCAAUCGAGGACCUGUCGGCGCUGCAGCACCUAAAGCUCAUCGGUGUGCCCGGCGACUGGGCGCGUCUCAUCGGCCUGAUCAGCUCUCUGACGUCCGUCACGCUCGUUGACUCGAACGAGGGCUGCAACUCCUCCGAUCCCGACAUCUCGCCGAAACUGAUGGUGGUGUUCCUGGACGCUCUCGAGCAGGCAACCAACCUGCGGAAGCUCGAGCUGCCUGACGCGUACGUCGCUGACGCUUGCGUAGCGCUCCCGCCACGGGCUCUGCCGGUGGGGCUGGAGGUGCUCUGCAUGAGCUGCUUUCAGCCCUUGUAUUGGUGGGAGGCAACGGAGCUCCGUUCGCUACGCCUGCUCGGUCCCAACUCGGACGUAGGUGCACCCGACGUGCCCGUCUGGGAGCGGCUCGCGCAGCUGAUCAACUGCAGCAAGAAACUGCGGCGUCUGGUGCUCGGGAAAUUCAGGUCGCAUCUGGAUCUUCAGCAAGUGCUCCCGGUCUGCUCGGCCCUGGAGCACAGUGCGGUUGAAGAGCUGGUAUUCGACGAGCCAAUUGACGUGUGCGAUGACUCCGGGACGUCUAAAGAGUUUUGCCGGGCUCUCAACGCCGCUCUCGGGCGCGUGGUGCGCAACAACGCCUCGCUGCGUGAGCUCAGACUGUUGGGGACGUCCUGCUCGUCCGGCGACAGAGUGGCGGUGGUGACGGCACUGCGCGACAACACAACGCUGCGCGAGCUGGAGCUCGAAUGGGGCGACGAAGCCGCGGACCUUGGCGCAGCUCUGGGCGCAACGCUCAGUCGCAACACGUCGCUGGAAGAGCUUGCCAUCGCCUUCGCUUGGACGCCGGAAGGCUGGCACGAGGUCCUGCAAGGCCUGGGCGAGAACAGGACGCUACAGGCGCUGCGGUGUGGCUACGCCUCUCAUGGUCAAGGGAUCACCGACAGGGAUGUGCUCGACCUGGUCGAUGCGCUGUACGGCGGCGACCGUCACGAGGGCCGCCAGCUGCACACCUUCGAGAUAUGUGGGGCUGCGUGUCCUAUCCCUCUUAUUAGUGACUUGGGCGUCGAAUCCGUCACAGCUGUGCUGGAGGAUCCGUCGAGCAAGCUGCGGAGGGUGGCCCUCGAGCGCGUCCGCCUUGGCGUAAGAGGUGUGGCAUGCAUCGUACGGGCGCUGGAGCGCAACACAUUUGUGUCGCUGGAGCUGCGUGGCAGCGUCGACUUGGACUCGGCGCUGGAGGGGGGCGCCUGGCGACGUAUCUGA